GGUUUGAUAAGACAACAACACCCCCCCUUCACCAACAACACCAAGAGUUUCUCCUCUGUACACUCCACCUCUCGCUUCCUGCGUCCCUCCCACGUCCGUCUGACUGCUCCUCCGGCCUCCUCAUCCCCUUGUAUUUCAACCUUACGGCAGUGAAGCACCAUCACUCAGCAUGGACUCCAGACCCCCCAACCUGCCGCUGCUGCUGCUGCUCCUCAGCAGCCUCCUCCAACUCUGGCAAAGUGCCAGCGGACAGUCGUCAUACAUUAUAGAUACCGUUGGGCUCAAAAUCCUACCCAGCAGCACAGUUCAGAGCGGUACGCCGGUGACAAUACACUGCCAGGUCAGAGUCAUUCACGACAACAUCCCCAACCUGACACACACCUUCCAGCUCAAACAGGACGACUACGUCAUCCACUCCUCGACCACCACCGAAGACUCAGUUGUGUAUGAGCUCAACCCCGCCAGGGCGGCAGAUUCUGGGAACUAUGACUGUCGAGUCACUGUCAAGGAAAGGAGCAAAGCCAGCUUUGGCCAAAAACUUGACGUCACAGGCCUGCAGACCCCCAUUCUCUAUUUGAAUAACACCUCACCGUAUGAGAAUGAGGAGUUCACAGCUAUCUGUAGUGCUCCGGACGAGAAAGGACCCCUCACCUUCAGCUUUUACCAGAGAUCCAGAAGCGGAGCGUCUCAGAAGAUAAAGCAGCCGGCGUCCACUGGGAACUGGUCCGAGACCACACUGGUUUUGAGAGAGGUUAAGGACAGCUUCCUGUACUGCGACUAUGAGAUUAAUCUGGUUUCUGGGGCCAGGCGCUCCAACCGCAGCAGUGAGAUUCAAGUGAUAGUCAAAGCACUCCACAUUGCCCCGGUCAUGAAUGUGCUGCCCAACUCAACCGUCUAUGAGGGUGAAAUAUUGGAGGUGGUCUGUAGAGUGAUUAAUCCACCAACGAACAUUGAGGUAUUCCUGACGAGAGACCGGAGGAUCCUCAAGCAAGCCCAAGUCGCCCUUAAUCAUCGAUUCACUGCACAGGAAGGCGACUCUGGGGAGCUUGUGUGCAAGGCAGUGUGGGGCAGUGUGCAAAAAGAAACCUAUCAAACAAUCACAGUCAAAGAGCUGUUUUCAAAGCCACGCCUGACUUUGAACCCCAUUGACAUAUUUGAGGGGGACAAGUUGCAUGUGGCCUGCUCUGUACCCAGUUACGCCCGUGACAAGAUCGACAUCAACAGCAUGCACUUCUCCAUCUACAGAGAUAACGUCAAAGUCACCAGCCAAAACACAUUCAGCACUAAGGCGCACCCUUCUGAAAACGGCAACUACACCUGUCAAGUGAAUGUGGCUUCUUCAAAACAAAAUUUUGUGAAAGAAAGCCAAAAGGUUGUUGUUAAAGCAAAAGUUCCUGUUUCUAAACCCGUGUUGAGUGUGGUGGGGGGUACGCUGGUGUUGGGGAAGCCUUUCCAGCUGCUCUGUCACAGCGACAGUGGCACUCUACCCAUCACAUACACCCUAUUCAGCCCAAACACGGCGGUUGAAUCCAUGGAGGUGAGCCACCCGGGGGAGCAGGCCAUCUUUAACACCUCAGCAGUCAACAAGAGAUCAGACGUGGACAAGUUCCUUUGCCAUGCCAAAAACAGUCCACAGAGGACAUCUGUGACAGAAACAGGGCAGCUGCUACGUUCAGCCACGAUAAUAGAGCCUGUGUCAAAACCAGUGUUGAGCAUACUGCCCAGCAUGGGGGACGUGUCUGAGGGGCAGGACAUGACUCUGGUUUGUUCUGUUCGGAGAGGCACUCUUCCCAUCAUCUUCACCUGGUACCACCACACUGAGAAGGAAGAAGCAAUUCACACUUUCAAGACCUUCGAGAAAAUGGAAUCAUCCUUCAAGAUCAGCAAUGUGAGAGGAAACCACCAAGGGAAUUACUACUGUGUUUGCACCAAUCCGGCAAAUGAAACCGAAAAAAGCGCCACCGUCACAAUCAGAGUGAUGCUGGCUGGCUGGAAGAAAGGUCUUAUCGCAGUCUUCUGCAUCCUGCUCAUACUGGCAUUCAUCGUUGUUCUCGCCUUUACAAGACGUCUCCUCCGAUUCAGGAGGAGAACUGGCGAGCUGUCAGUGAAGUCAGUCAGCACCAAGGCGGAGAGACUGAGCCUCACCCACGCGGAGGUCAAUAACGCUGCCAAUGUCACUCCAGGCAUCAUGGGAAAGAGUGUUUGGAGUGAACAUGUAUCAGGCUCUGAGUCUGACGACCAGAACAGUGUGACCUCUCCGGACAAGGCGGAACCUCGAUACACAGAAGUGCAGAUCAGACAGGCAGACCCUAACAAAGCUCCGUUGAAAAAGGGCACAGACACGGUGUACAGCGAAGUGCGGAACUCCAAGCAAGGUGCUCCAGAGCCGGCUGAUGGUGGGUCAGUGGAGUAUGCACAGCUGAAUCAUGAUGCGGAUCACCACAGUGACCAUGGUUACCAUGGGGACCACAGCACCCAGGAUGACCACAUAGACGAGAUUGACAGCAGUGUUGACAACAACACUGUGACUAUGGGGGAUGAAAACAUGACCCAAAGCCAGACUGUUGACUGACCGACAAGAAUAUUUAUUCCCUUUUAUUCCCUAUUUAUCCGGCUCCUUAACGCAGCCGGAGUGUUUUGUGCUGAAAGACCUUAAACACCCCGAAGCAACUAGGUCACGUUUGUAUUUUUAUAACACUUUGCGAUGAAAGGUCCCACACUGUUAAUUCACUUGCUUUUGUCUUUGAAGGGCAAAUAAAAAUGUUUUCUGUUAAGAGUUA